UGUCAUGGCGGUGUCGAGCUGAACUGCCGGGGUAAAUCAGGAAGAGAAGGCAACGCAGCUGGGUCAACGCUGACAUUUCAGUGUAGUUUGCCGGGGAAGAGCGAGCGAACCUCCGUCCUGUAUCGACUUCUUCCGGAGCUGCUGACGGACUCCACCCGCUGCAGUUUGUGAGUUUUAGCCUCUUGCCAGACGCGCUACCUGUCAAGUGUGAGGACUCCGUGACAAUAGCAACUUCCACCGCUGUGCGGAGAUUAUUAAACUCUCCCAGUCUUCGCUUUCUCAAUUGUCCGAGAGGAGGACGAGGAGGAGGAGGAGGACAUCGUCGCUUCAUCUGCCUGCUCGCUGCUCACCUGCAGCCCACUUCCCCUCGGCUUUUACGGCGUUAAUCUAUCCGUGUGGUAUCAAGUUACGAAGUGGGAAGAGGAGCAGCUCACUGUGGAGUAAAGCCGUUGGCAUUUACAGUCCGUCAACGACGGCACACAUUCAUUCACCUGGCGCUUGUUUCAUUGUUUUUUUUUCCCGCUGAAGAGUAUUUGGAUGGGGAGGGAAACGUUUGGCUCGCCAACAACUCAGCUGAAGGGGACAUAGCUCCCUCUUUCUCCCCCGACACGGGCUGCACAGUCACCGUUGGAGGUGAACAGGUGCCUUACCUGUGAACGCCACCUGUCCACCCCCUCCUUCCUCCCUCCCUCCCGUCCGUCCUUCCUUCCUUCCUUCCUUAGCAAUGGCUAGCGAGGAGACAGCAGUGCCGCCGCCAGCUGAUGGGAAGGACGGGAGAUCUGGCACCAUGGCACACAACCCCGGGGUGCCCAUCAGGGGGAUCCGGAUGAAGUUCGCCGUGCUCGUUGGCUUGGUGGAAGUUGGGGAAGUUUCCAACCGAGACAUUGUGGAGACUGUGUUCAACCUGUUGGUUGGUGGCCAGUUUGACCUGGAGAUGAACUUCAUUAUCCAGGAGCCGGAUAGCAUAGUGUGCAUGGUGGAGUUGCUGGAUAAGUGUGAGCCCACCUGUCAGGCGGAGGUCUGGAGCAUUUUCACUGCCGUCCUCAAGAAGAGUGUCCGCAACCUGCAGGCGUGCACAGAUGUGGGCCUCAUCCAGCAGAUUCUCCAGCGUAUAGCCACCACAGACAGCAUGAUCGCAGACCUGCUUGUGGACACGUUGGGUGUGCUCGCCAGCUACAGCAUCACCGUAAAGGAGCUGAAGCUUUUCUUCAGCAAGCUUCAGGGGCAGGAAGGCCAGUGGCCUCGUCAUGCAGUUAAGCUUUUGUCAGUGCUGAAGUACAUGGCUCACAGAAAUGGCCCCGACUCCUUUUUCAGCUUCCCAGGAAAAAAUGCAGCUGCGAUAGCGCUGCCUCCCAUAGCAAAGUGGCCAUACCAGAAUGGCUUCACAUUCCACACGUGGCUCCGCAUGGAUCCUCUCAACAACAUCAAUGUAGACAAAGACAAGCCGUACCUCUACUGUUUCCGCACCAGUAAAGGCCUAGGUUACUCUGCGCACUUUGUGGGCGGCUGUUUGAUAGUGACCUCAUUAAAAUCCAAGGGAAAAGGAUUCCAGCACUGUGUAAAAUACGACUUCAAACCACAGAAGUGGUACAUGGUGACCCUUGUUCAUGUCUACAACCGCUGGAAAAACAGUGAAAUCAGCUGCUACGUGAACGGGGAACUGGCUUCCUUUGGAGACAUUGCCUGGUUCGUCAACACCAGUGACACGUUUGACAAGUGUUUCCUGGGAUCGUCCGAGACGGCAGAUGCCAACCGUGUGUUCUGUGGGCAGAUGGGAUCGGUUUACCUGUUUGGAGAGGCUCUCAGUCCUGCUCAGAUCCUGGCCAUCUAUCAGCUGGGUCCAGGUUACCAGGGCACGUUCAAGCACAAAGCUGAGAGUGACCUGCUGUUUGCAGAGCAUCAUAAGACCUUACUGUAUGACGGCAAACUGUCCUCUAGUAUCGCCUUCACCUACAACCCCCGCGCCACAGAUGCUCAGCUCUGCCUCGAGUCCUCCCCUAAGGACAACCUCUCCAUUUUUGUCCAUUCCCCUCAUGCACUCAUGCUUCAGGACGUGAAGGCUGUGGUGACUCACUCUGUCCAGAGUGGUAUACACUCGAUUGGCGGCGUGCAGGUCCUCUUUCCUUUGUUUGCACAGUUGGAUUAUCGCCAGCCUUCCAGCCUUGAGCUGGACACUUCUGUCUGCUGCACUUUGCUGUCCUUUGUGAUGGAGCUGUUGAAGAACUCGGUGGCGAUGCAAGAACAGGUCCUGGCCUGUAAAGGCUUCCUCGUCAUUGGCUACACUUUGGAGAAGUCUUCCAAGGUGCAUGUGACGCGGCCCGUCCUGGACAUUGUGCUGGCCUUUUCCAGAUACCUUAGCAACCUGCAAAAUGGCAUCUUGCUGCUCAAGCAGCUGUGUGACCACAUUCUGUUUAACCCCGUCAUCUGGAUCCACGCCCCUGCCAAGGUGCAACUGACUCUCUACACUUACCUGGCGACAGAGUUCAUCAGCACAGUGACCAUCUACAAUGCCAUUCGCAGAGUGGGCACUGUGCUCCAGGUCAUGCAUACACUGAAGUACUACUACUGGGUUGUCAACCCACAUGACCGCAGUGGGGUCAUUCCCAAAGGCCUAGAUGGUCCGAGGCCAAACCACAAGGAGAUCCUGUCUCUGCGAGCGUUUCUGCUGCUGUUUGUCAAACAACUCAUCAUGAAGGAUUAUGGAGUCAAAGACGACGAGCUCCAGAGUAUCCUCAACUACCUCCUCACCAUGCACGAGGACGACAAUCUCAUGGAUGUACUGCAGUUGCUGGUGGCUUUGAUGUCUGAACACCCAGGGUCGUUGGUCCAGGCUUUUGACCAGCGCAAUGGGAUUCGUGUGAUUUACAAGCUUUUGGCCUCAAAAAGUGAAGCAAUACGAGUGCAGGCACUCAAAGUAAUGGGCUACUUUCUGAAACACUUGCCUCCAAAGAGGAAAUCUGAUGUCAUGCUGAGUCACGGCCUCUUCUCCCUGCUCACUGAACGCCUGAUGCUGCACUCGAGCCAGUUCUCCAUGACAACCUACAAUGUGCUCUUUGAGAUCCUCACAGAGCAGAUCUGCACUCAAGUGAUCCAUAAACAGCAUCCGGACCCCGACUCCACAGUGAAGAUUCUCAACCCACAUAUUCUGAAGGUAAUAGCUGCUCUGCUGAAGAACGCUCCCCCGUCUCCCGAGAGCAUGGAGGUGCGCAGGUUUUUUCUGUCAGACAUGAUCAAACUGUUCAAUAACAGCCGAGAGAACCGCAGGAGCCUUCUGCAGUGCUCAGUGUGGCAGGAGUGGAUGCUCUCUCUGUGCUUCAUCACCCCGCGAAACAGCGAGGAGCAGAAAAUCACGGAGAUGGUGUACGCCAUCUUCCGUAUCCUGCUCUACCACGCCAUCAAAUAUGAGUGGGGUGGCUGGCGUGUCUGGGUGGACACCCUGUCCAUCACCCAUUCCAAGGUGACCUUCGAGCAGCACAAGGAGAAUCUGUCUCGCAUGUUCAGUCAGUACCAGCGACACGAUUCUGCAGGCUCUCCCAACGCGAUCCGAACCGUCUCUGGUGUGAGCCAAAGCUCUGAGACCUUGGAUUGUGUUAAUGGAUCAUCUGCAGAGGAGGCGGCCCCUUCCACUGUCAUUGAGCUCCGAGUGGACGAACUGUCCCUGACAUCUCCUGAGUCGGCGUCCAGUCCCAUUGUCACCCCUAGUCAACUGGAGACUGUCGAUCAAAGGGGACACGCAGCCAUCACUGUGUCCAACAUCCUGGCAAGGUCUGAGGACGAUGAGAAGAAAUUGUGUCAAGGGUCUUCCAGAGACGGCUCAGGCGAUGGACAUGAGAUAGAAGUAACCACAACACAAGCAGAUACAGAAACACAGAGCCAAGAGACGGAUAAACAGGAAGCUGUGACCGUGUCCUCCGCUGAUGAUGAUGAUGAUGGUCUGCAAACAUCUGCCACUGACUCGUCUGAAACAGUGGACACAAAAGCAGUGGAGGUCGUUGGAGACUCCUGUACUCCACCUGCAAGUGGUGAUGCACAAACACCAGCAGAUGAUGAGAAACGUGAGAGUGAACACAACAAAGGUGAGUCAUCAAACUCCAUGACAGAAGACUCUUUAAAUGAAGGAGAUGCAGAACCAGCAGUGGUUUCAAAACCAGAUGUUGAGACUGAUCAAAUGCCUCCCGAGACCGAAGCCUGUCAAGAGAAUCGCGUGCUGGGCGGAGCUUCCAUCCACAAUGAAGACCUGGUGGACAUGUCAUCUGUUAGUGACCAGAUCCACCCGAGUGAUGUUGACGGAAGCCAAGAGGAGUCCUCUUUUACGUCUGCUGCUGCUGGAGAGGAAGGCCAAGUAUUAAAGGAGGACGUCGAGAAACACGCAGAUGAUGAAGGUAAUAAAAGCGAUCAGGAUGGAAAGGAGCUUAAAACAAGUGAAGAAAAAGACGAGAACAUCACAAAAGACGGAGAGAGUGAAGCCUCCACGUUGGAGCAAACGUCUCCAGUAGAAACAUCUGAACAAAAUGUGACAGAAGCAUCCAAAGAAAAAGUUGAAGAUGAUCAGUCUUCUACCAUCGAGGAAACCGUUACUUCAGAUCAGCAGCCCACCACAGACACCACAUUACCAUCUGUAGACGCUGCAGAGGGAACAGACUCGACCUCAGCUCGUCAGCCUUCGGAGACCAGUGGCACCACUGGAGAGGAAACCUUGGCCAGUGCUCCAGAAAGCAGCACCACCACUGUCUCCAGCUCUGACACUCAAAAGAAACCAGACUCUGUCAGUCAGACCAAAGAGAUUAAAAUCGCCAGACUGGAUGUGUCUAAUGUGGCCUUAGACACCGAGAGACUUGAACUGAAGGGCACCACUCCGACAACAGAAAUGAGCCAAGGCCAGUCAGCAGCAGCAGCAGCAGCAGCAGCAGCAGCAGCAGCAGCAGCAGCAGCAGCAGCAGCAGCAGCAGGAAGUUCUUCAGGUCAGCCGACCAGAGAGGGCAGCACCUCGGCUCCCCGCUCCACCAUGUUUCGUAUCCCAGAGUUCCGAUGGUCCCACAUGCAUCAACGCCUCCUCACUGACCUGUUGUUCUCUAUCGAGACAGACGUCCAGAUGUGGAGGAGUCACUCCACAAAGACAAUUCUGGACUUUGUGAACAGCAGCGAGAACGUCGUGUUUGUCCACAACAGCAUACACCUCAUCUCUCAGGUGGUGGACAACCUCAUCAUGGCUUGUGGAGGCAUUUUGCCUCUGCUGUCUGCGGCCACCUCCUCCUCUCAUGAACUGGAGAACAUUGAGCCAUCCCAGGGUCUGACAGUGGAGGCUUCAGUCACCUUCUUACAGCGCCUCAUCAACCUGGUGGAUGUUCUCAUCUUUGCAAGCUCCCUCAACUUCACAGAGAUCGAGGCAGAGAAAAACAUGUCGUCGGGAGGCAUCCUCCGACAGUGCCUGCGUCUUGUGUGUGCAAUGGCAGUGAGAAACUGUCUGGAGUGUCAGCAAGCCCUAUGUAAGCACGGCACGGAAUGCACAGCACGCAACUACGCAGCCACGCCCAGCGCUGCGAUUGGAGCGUCCAAGUCUGUGUCUGCGCAGAGUCCCGUUGACGCAGUGACAGGUGGAAUGUCUCCAGUCCAAGACCUGGACCGACUGCUGCAGGACAUGGACAUCAACCGCCUUAGGGCUGUCGUCUUCAGAGAUAUUGAGGACAGUAAGCAGGCGCAGUUUCUGGCUCUUGCCGUAGUGUACUUCAUCUCGGUCCUCAUGGUGUCCAAGUACCGUGACAUCCUGGAGCCGCACAAUGAUAAGAAACACCCUCAGCGCUCCCAGUCUUCCAGGAGCACAGACAACAUCGCCACUGCCGGUGGACUGGAAGUGGAAAACGGCGUCUCUCUCCGGCGGUAUGACUCCGGCAUCGGCGAUGACCACACCUCGACCGCGGCGAGCGAGGCAGAGCUGUCGUCGUCCAGCGCGGCGCAUGGCCCGGACGCCAUCUCGGAGGCCCUGUCCACGCUGUCCUCUGAGGUCAGACCCGCGCUGCCCUCUGAUUCAAAGGGCAAGAAUGUGAAGGACAUUCUGCGCAGCCUAGUCAGUGCUCCGGGUGAUGACAUCCUGGUGGACCCAAGUCUGCUGCCGCCUGCGUUCCUAGGCAGCGUGGACGACGCGGCCCGAGAACAGUCCAUUUCCUUUGAUAGAAGUGUCAUCGUUGCACCUAAGAAAGCAGGCAUGGCGUCAUUGCCGAGCAUGUCCACUCCCGUCCCAGCAGUGACUGCUGCCUCUGUGUCCGCUGGGACACCUAUGGACAGCGUCGCUGUGGUGUCUUCUGGUGACGCCUCCGAGAGCAUCUCUGCAGAAGCUGCAGCUUCAGGCGGCCAGGUUCCAGGCAGCUCUAGCCUGCCAUCUGUCCCCCCACUCUCCCCUGUGACCCAGAACACAGCCCCCAAUAUGAGUAUCUCGGAGCGUUUGGAGCAUGCUCUGGAGAAGGCGGCUCCUCUGCUGAGAGAGAUUUUCGUGGACUUUGCCCCCUUCCUCUCUCGGACCCUGCUGGGCAGCCACGGACAAGAGCUCCUUAUUGAGGGCACAAGCCUGAUGUGUAUGAAGUCCAGCAGCUCGGUAGUGGAGCUCGUCAUGCUUCUGUGUUCACAGGAAUGGCAGAACUCCAUCCAGAAGAACGCAGGCCUUGCCUUUAUCGAGUUGGUCAACGAAGGCAGACUGUUGAGUCACACCAUGAAAGACCACCUGGUUCGAGUGGCCAAUGAAGCUGAAUUUAUUCUCAGCCGACAGAGAGCUGAAGACAUCCACAAACAUGCAGAAUUUGAGUCUAACUGUGCCCAGUACGCGGCCGACAAGCGAGAUGAGGAGAAAAUGUGUGACCACCUCAUCCGAGCGGCCAAGUACCGCGACCAUGUGACAGCCACGCAGCUCAUCCAGAAGAUCGUCAACAUCCUGACCGACAAACACGGAGCCUGGGGAAAGUCUUCCAUAAGCCGGCCGAGGGAGUUCUGGCGCCUGGACUACUGGGAGGACGAUUUAAGGCGGCGACGCCGUUUCAUCAGGAACCCCUUUGGAUCCGCUCACUCAGAGGCGACGCUCAAAGCCGCGGCCGAACACGUGGCUGAUAUCAGUGCAUCCGAGGAAGAUAUUCUCAAAGGCAAGCAGUCCAUCAGGAGUCAUGCUCUGGGAAAUCAGAACUCGGAGAGUGAGACAUCACUUGACGUGGAUGAUGACACUCUGUCCAGUUUGGACGAGAAGGACCUGGAGAAUUUAACAGGCCCAGUAAACCUGAGCACCGGCGCGCAGCUGGUGGCUCCGGCUGUUGUGGUGAAAGGAACUCUGUCCAUCACCGCGUCCGAGCUCUACUUCGAGGUGGACGAGGACGAGCCGGGCUUCAAGGCCAUCGAUCCGAAGAUUCUAACCUAUACUGAAGGCCUUCAUGGAAAAUGGCUGUUCACAGAGAUCCGCGCCAUCUUUUCCAGACGCUACCUGCUUCAGAAUACUGCUCUGGAAGUCUUUCUGGCCAACAGGACGGCAGUCAUGUUCAAUUUCCCAGAUGCUGCCACCGUGAAGAAGGUGGUCCACAGUCUUCCUCGUGUCGGGGUGGGCACGAACUUUGGGCUUCCACAGACCAGGAGAAUCUCCCUGGCCACACCAAAGCAGCUGUUCAAAGCAUCCAACAUGACCCAGCGCUGGCAGCGUCGGGAAAUCUCCAACUUUGAGUACCUCAUCUUCCUCAACACAAUCUCUGGUCGCACCUUUAAUGACCUUAACCAGUACCCUGUCUUCCCAUGGGUUAUCACCAACUAUGACUCAGAAGAACUUGACCUCACUCUACCCAGCAACUUCAGAGAUCUGUCUAAGCCCAUUGGUGCUCUGAAUCCUAAGAGAGCAGCAUUCUUUUCAGACCGGUAUGAGUCCUGGGAGGAUGAUCAGGUACCAAAGUUCCACUAUGGCACCCACUACUCCACCGCCAGCUUCACCAUGAUGUGGCUACUCCGCAUUGAGCCCUUCACCACCUUCUUCCUUAACUUCCAAGGAGGAAAGUUUGACCAUGCCGACCGCACCUUCUCUUCAGUGUCACGGGCCUGGAGGAACUGCCAGAGAGACACGUCUGAUGUUAAGGAGCUGAUCCCAGAGUUCUACUACCUUCCUGAGAUGUUUGUCAAUGCCAACAGUUACAACCUGGGGGUGAUGGAAGAUCGCACCAGGGUCUCUGACGUGGAGCUGCCGCCCUGGGCCAAGAGCCCGGAGGAUUUUGUUCGAAUCAAUCGCCUGGCUCUGGAGAGUGAGUUUGUGUCCUGCCAGCUCCACCAGUGGAUCGAUCUGAUCUUCGGCUACAAACAGCAGGGACCUGAAGCCACCAGAGCCCUGAAUGUUUUCUAUUAUCUGACCUAUGAAGGUGCAGUCAACCUCAGCUCCAUCACUGAUCCAAUGCUCAGAGAGGCUGUGGAAUCUCAAAUCAGGAGUUUUGGACAGACGCCCUGCCAGUUGCUCAUCGAGCCACACCCACCCCGAAGCUCAGCCAUGCAAGUGUAUCUUCUCCUGCAGACCCCGAUGAUGUUUACGGACCAGAUGCAGCAGGACGUUAUCAUGGUGCUCAAGUUCCCAUCGAACUCUCCCGUGACCCACGUAGCAGCCAACACCCAGCCAGGUCUGACGUCACCGGCCAUCAUCACUGUCACCGCCAACCGCAUUUUCGCGGUCAACAAAUGGCACGGUUUGGCAGGUCAUCAGGGCUCAACGGUGCAGGACCAGCAGUACCAACUUCCUGUGGAGAUUGACCCGCUCAUAGCGAGUUACGUCGGCAGUCACCGGCGUCAGAUCUCAGACCUGCUGGAUCAGAGCAUUCAGAUCAGCUCGCAGGGCUUCGUCAUCACAGCCGACAACAGAUUUAUUCUUCUGUGCGGAUUCUGGGACAAGAGCUUCCGGGUUUACUCCACUGACACAGGCAAACUGACUCAGAUAGUGUUUGGCCACCGUGACGUGGUGACGUGUCUGGCGCGCUCCGAGUCGUACAUCGGAGGAGACUGCUACGUCCUGUCAGGCUCCAGAGAUGCCACCCUGCUGCUGUGGUACUGGAACGGAAAGCACAGCAGCAUCGGAGAGAGCCUCGGCACAGAGUUUACCACACCGCGGGCCAUCUUGACUGGCCAUGACUGUGAAGUGACGUGUGCUACCGUGUGCGCGGAGCUGGGUCUGGUCAUCAGCGGCUGCAGAGAGGGUCCUUGUCUGAUCCAUUCCAUGAAUGGGGACCUUCUGAGGACCCUGGAGGUCCCAGAGCAGUGCACUCGGCCCCGUCUCAUCCAGGCGUCCACCGAGGGACACUGCAUGGUCUAUUACGACAAGGGACACUUUUGUCUCUUCACCGUCAACGGCAAACUCCUGGGACACAUGGAGAUAGAAGACAGCAUCAAGGCCAUGCUUCUGAGUCGUGACGGUCAGUACUUGCUGACGGGGGGAGAUGGAGGAGUCGUGUCAGUCUGGCAGGUCCACAGUCUCAAGCAGCUCUUCACGUAUCCUGGCUGUGACGCGGGAGUCCGAUCCAUGGCCAUCUCACAUGACCAAAGGUGCAUCAUCACCGGCAUGGCGUCUGGAAGCAUCGUGCUCUUCUACAACGACUUCAACAGGUGGCACCACGAGUACCAGACCAGGUACUGAGCUGGGCUGACAGAGUCCGGACCCUGAGGAAGAUCCAGACUGUUGCAAGAGUGAACUCUUUAUCAAAGGCACUGUUCUUGUCUAUACUGUUAAUCCUGAAUGUAUCUCACAGAGGAAGAGGAAGAGGAGGAGGAGGAAAACACAACACAUGUCCUGCUAUAGUAAAAGAAUCCAAACUAUUUUUUAAAAAGGGCAUUGCUAUAUUUUGUAGAUGAGAUAGAACUUUUCAUAUAAAUCAUAGGGUGAGGGUUGUGUUACUGUACGGUUAAAAACAAAUCUAUUUUUAGCUGUAAGAGUCUAUUUUCAUCUCCUCUGGAAAACAAAGAUGAGGGGAUUACGGGGAGCUAGUGGAAACUUAAGAAUCUGAAUAUUUAUGUACUUUAGAGUGAGUGAUUUUUUUUUUUCUUUUUUCUGUAGGUGUGUAUGUGGGGAAUAAUUAAGAUACCUUUCACUUUUAAUAUGCUUUUUGCCAUUUUGGCAAGACAGUCAUUAGUAACGAAGAGUUUAAAUUGUAAUUGUACUGGAGAGAGAAGAAUAACUGAGGAGGGAAUUUACAUAUAUAUUCAAUAUUUCUCUCUCUAUAUAUACACACUGUUUAGAUGUAGACUUUCAUAUUUAUAAUUUCUGUGCACGGCUCCUUUCACGUCAAACAUCGGCACAGAUUUGUCACGUUUAAUAUUUAACACUUCAAUCAAAAACACAAACUUCGCUUCAUGAGCAAAGUUAAAAACGAGCUUUACUUUAAGAGGACGACGCCAGGAAACGACUGAAUAAUGAACUGUUAAAUCACUUCUUUAAAACUGUUUGACGUCAGAUCAGAAGGACAUUUUUAUUUUACCAUCAUGUUAAGAGGCGUGUCUCUGAAAGGAAGGACUUUACUGCGUCCAAAAAUCAUGAAAUGAGUGAUAACAUGAUUCCUUUGGUCGUCGGUAAACUAAACGUCCUCUUGUGUCUUUGAUUUGGAGGAGACAUUCCUUUGGAGUCAAAUUAUGGUGUGUUUUGAAUCUCCACUUUUGAAAAGUACUGUUUAUCUUAUCAACCAAUAUAUUUUUUUUUUUUGCAAUCAUUUUGGAGUGUUUUGUGUUCUGAGUUUUGACAAUAAAAUUAAAUUUUAUAAC